AGUUUUGAAUUUUAAUCCUACGUUUGUCGCCCUCUAACAUUUUACUGUAGGGGUAUCCUGAUUUCUGAAGAGAAUAUUUCGUAAGAGAUUAAACAAUUAUUUUUAUAAUAAUUUGCAAGUGAAUAAAUCUGUAUGUAAUUGAAAUAAAUGUAAUACAGUGAUCUUUCGUAAUUAUUUCUUAUUAAAAUGCGCUAUUCACAAGAAAAGUGAGUUAUAUAACCUCUUUAAGAACUACAAACUAUCAAACCUUCAGAGAGUAAGCUUUGAAUAAGUAUUAUUUUGUGAAGUAGCCUCGUGUUCGUUUAAAUACUUCUCCAUCCACGUAACCGAUAAUUUAUAUAUUAAUAAUGCUUCGAUUGUUAGCAUCUUUACAUUCCCAAACAUGUAAAGCGGUAUUUGUUGCAACAUCAAAUUUGAUGUUUAAAACUCGACAGCCGACGUUAGUGCAAUACGCUCGAAGUCUUUGCGUUAGUAGCAAUCUUUUUUCCUGUCAGCUUCAGAUUCAGAAACCUGCACCUGAGUUUUCUGGAACUGCCGUGGUUGAUGGUGAUUUCAAGGAAAUCAACCUAAGUGAUUACAGGGGAAAAUAUGUUGUGCUUUUCUUUUAUCCUUUAGACUUCACAUUUGUGUGUCCCACUGAAUUGAUAGCAUUCAGUGAGAAAAUUUCAGAGUUUAAAGCUCUGAAUACGCAAGUGAUUGGAGUUUCUACAGACUCGCAUUUUAGUCAUUUAGCAUGGACUAAUACGCCAAGAAAACAGGGAGGCUUGGGUGGCAAUUUGGGUUAUCCUCUUCUCAGUGAUUUUAACAAGGAAAUAUCGGUUAAAUAUAAUGUCCUUCUCCCGGAUUCUGGAGUUGCUUUAAGAGGCCUUUUCAUCAUAGAUAAAGAAGGAAUAUUGAGGCAGCUUAGCGUAAAUGAUUUACCAGUGGGUAGAAGCGUAGAUGAAACAUUGAGGCUCAUCAAGGCAUUUCAGUUUGUUGAAAAACAUGGAGAAGUCUGUCCUGCCAACUGGCAGCCAGAUUCUAAAACUAUUAAACCAAACCCAAAAGAUAGUAAACAAUACUUUGAAUCAGUUAAUUGAACAUUGCAAACGAACCGUUUUCAUAAACGUAUAACGUAUAAUGUAUUGUAAUAUGGAGUAGUAAAAAUAAAAUAUUAAUAUAUA